CAACUGCUUGAUGAACUGCAGCUGAAAUAUUCAUCGCUUCCCGCUUACGUUAUGCCGCUGGAGAUGGAGCCCAAAGCAAACAGCCUUGCUUUCGGGUGCCAGCGGAGCUCCACGUCUGACGAUGACUCCGGCUGUGCCUUGGAAGAAUAUACCUGGGUCCCACCAGGCCUUAGACCAGAGCAGGUCCAGCUCUAUUUUGCCUGCCUGCCAGAGGACAAGGUCCCUUACAUUAACAGCCCUGGAGAGAAACACCGAAUUAAACAGCUGCUCUAUCAGCUGCCACCGCACGAUAAUGAGGUGAGAUACUGCCAGUCUUUAAGUGAAGAAGAAAAGAAGGAGCUGCAGAUGUUCAGUUCUCAGCGCAAGAAGGAGGCCCUUGGCAGAGGCACGAUCAAACUGCUCUCCAGAGCUGUGAUGCACGCGGUGUGCGAGCAGUGCGGCACCAAGGUAAACGGUGGGGAAGUCGCCGUCUUUGCCUCGAGAGCCGGACCUGGUGUGUGCUGGCACCCCUCGUGCUUCGUGUGCUACACGUGUAACGAGCUUCUUGUUGACCUAAUCUACUUCUACCAAGAUGGAAAAAUUCACUGUGGCAGGCACCAUGCUGAACUUCUUAAACCUCGGUGUUCAGCAUGUGAUGAGAUCAUUUUUGCUGAUGAAUGCACAGAAGCGGAGGGUCGCCACUGGCACAUGAAGCACUUCUGCUGCCUGGAGUGUGAAACCAUCCUGGGCGGGCAGCGCUACAUCAUGAAGGACGGGAGGCCCUUCUGCUGUAACUGCUUCGAAUCUCUCUACGCAGAAUACUGCGAGACCUGUGGGGAGCACAUCGGAGUUGACCACGCUCAGAUGACCUACGACGGGCAGCACUGGCACGCCACGGAGACCUGCUUCUCCUGUGCUCAGUGCAAGACCUCCUUGCUUGGCUGCCCCUUCCUUCCGAAGCAAGGGCAGAUUUAUUGCUCAAAAACCUGCAGCCUGGGAGAAGAUGUUCAUGCCUCCGACUCGUCCGAUUCUGCCUUUCAGUCUGCCCGAUCCAGAGACUCCAGGAGGAGCGUCCGGAUGGGAAAGAGCAGCCGCUCGGCCGACCAGUGCCGCCAGUCCCUGCUUUUGUCACCUGCUCUCAAUUACAAAUUUCCUGGUCUUUCAAGCAAAGCAGAGGACACUCUCUCUCGUAAGCUGGAUGACUUGAGUCUUUCAAGGCAAGGGGCAGGCUUCGCUAACGAAGACUUCUGGAAAGGAAGGGUAGAGCAAGAAAUGCCUGAAGACCCUGAAGAAUGGGCUGAGCAUGAAGACUACAUGACCCAACUGCUCCUCAAGUUUGGGGAUAAAAGCCUCUUCCAGCAGCCUGCCGAAGCGGACGUUCGGGCAGGCGAGCACUGGAUUUCUGACAGCAUGGUCAAGAGCAAGCUGGACUUGAAAAAAAAUAACCCCAGCCUAGCAAGUAAAAAGUACCAGUCUGACAUGUACUGGGCCCAGUCGCAGGAUGGCUUGGGCGACUCUGCCUACGGCAGCCACCCGGGCCCUGGCAGCAGCAGGAAAAUCCAGGAGCUGGACAUGGAGCCUGGGGCUGCCGGGUAUGUGCAUGACCAGCCGGCGUGGUACGAGGGCUCCCUGGAGUGUCUGUCUGACCUGAAGCAGCAAGAACAAAGUGUCCGGGAUUCAAUGGAUUCUUUGGCUUUGUCUAACAUAACAGGGGCUUCGCUGGACGGGGAGAGCAAGUCCCGGCCGUCUCUCUACUCCUUGCAGACCUUUCAGGAGCUGGAGGGUGAGGACUGCGAGAAGAUGAGCAACAUGGGCACGCUGAACUCCUCAAUGCUCCACCGCAGCACGGAGUCCUUGAAGAGCCUGAGCUCAGAGCUGUGCCAGGAGAAGGCGCUGCCAGAGGAGAAGCCAGUGCACCUGCCUGUGCUGAGGAGAUCCAAAUCCCAGUCCCGACCGCAGCAAGUGAAGUUUUCAGAUGAUGUUAUUGAUAAUGGCAGUUACGAGAACGUGGAGAUUAGGCAACCCCCAAUGAGUGAGAGGACUCGGAGGCGGGUUUAUCAUUUUGAAGAGCGUGGAAGUCGGCCUCAUCAUCAUCGCAGAAGAAGCAGGAAAUCUCGCUCCGAUAACGCACUUAACUUGGCCGCAGAGAGAAGGUGUUCUCCAAAGGAAAGGUUUCGUUUCUACUCUCCUCGGGAUCAUGAAAAAUUCAUUCAAAAUAAAAGCUCCCGUGAGAUUCAGGCAUACAUUCAGAAUGGGGAGCUGUAUGGUCAGUAUGCCCAUACCGCUUCUGAUUAUGCACUGCGAAAUCGAAUGGUUGACAGAUUUUAUGGAUUAUAUGGUGACGAAGAUGACUCUUGGUGCUCGACUUCAUCCUCGUCAUCUGAUUCUGAAGAGGAAGGAUAUUUCUUAGGACAGCCCAUUCCACAGCCACGGUCACUGAGAUAUCCAUACUACACAGAUGACCUUUCUAGUCCAACUACUGCGUUAUCUAGUUCUCAGAUUGGACAAAGGACAACCAAAUCAAAGAAGAAGAGGGGACACAAAGGGAAAAAUUGCAUAAUUUCUUAAUUCAUUUUAACUGUUGGGAAGACCAGGCAAUUCUGUAGCUACAGUCUGAACCACGUCUUUUUAUAUUAAUAAUUGUACUUAGGCAAGUUGCUAAGGUUCUUAAUGCUUUGCCAGUGUAAAUUAUAACCCCACCAGAGUUUACAUUGUUAAAAAUAUCAUUAAGAAAUGUCACUCUGCCAAAUGAUGAUCUGCUCAGAUACUGCUAGGUUUCUAAUAUUGCGUUUCAGCUGUCCGAAUUCUUCAG